AUGUCUGGUAUGGUAGCAGUUGUGUUGAAAAUGACCUUCGGUGUGUUUGUGAAUAAAGCUCGAAGUUCGUUGAGCGAGAAGCUGAAGGACGGAGGUUUAAAUUCUCAACAGCUUCGGAGUUUGAUUGUGAGCAAUUUUGGAGAUAUUGAAACGAAGCUCGUUGGAUUAGCUCGCGGGAAUCUCCUCAGCAGCGUUAGUUUUAUUCAAGAAGGGCUAGGUCUUAUUAACGAUUUGCUCGAUAAACCAAACACCCCGCCUGAACAAGAAGACGAUAAAGUCGGAGGAAAUUCUAAUAGAGCUGGUGUCCCAGACCAGGCCUCGUCAAGUAAUAAAGAUUCACCUGUCGACGUAGAUUCAGUUCUCAAACUUGUGGAAGCAAUCGAUAAGAUGAAGAUUAAUUCGAGCAACCAUUUUACAUCCGCUAUGGAGUUGUUCAAGAAUGCUAACACGAAAGCAACCGAAGCGUUUCACAACGAGGCUUUGAGCUUAGAAGAUCGAAUCUUUGCGGCAAAAAUUCGCGUCCAAAGCAGAUUACUCUCAAGUCUUGAAAAUCCGAGUCUUGCAAGUAAGCCAUGUAGAUUAUACUUGGAGGAACUCCAUGGUUUAACUUCUAUUGUGGAAGACUUUCGCAGUCAUUUGGAAGGAUGGAUAUUUUCGUUCCUAAACAAGAAAAACGACAGGAACUUGUUCUUUCUGUGUCUGCAAUCAAUUUUGUUGUGUUCAAAUUUUUGAAGAGUUUCACGCCAGGUCCAAUAAAUGUCUACGACUGGCCAAACUUAAAGAGUGGCGAGUGGACGUACAAUCCAUUGAUUACAGACAAAGCAAUUAUUGCGGACUUGUCAAACGCUGGACUUGAAUUUCCAAACUUCGUUUUGUUGAAAGAGCUGGUUGCUUCGCACCGGAGAUUUGGCCUAAGUAAUGAAACUGUUUAUAGUGUUGCCGUGAACAGUGAUGGAUAUCUAAUUAUGUGGAAUAACUUCCACAGCUUGUUGAAAAUUAAAAUGAGUGAAGUUAAAAUGUACAACUCUUGUGAUGAUGACCAGAUCGAGCAGUGCUUAGACGGAUGUCUCCUAGCGAUUGACAAUGAUAAUGUUACAUACUUGUUGAAAUUCGUAAGUGUUAGUAGUUGUAGUGCAUCUUUUACGUCUGCCUAUCUGGGCUGUUUGGAAGCUAUUGACUCAAAUGGACAUUCAAUUGGUACGCAUUGCGAGAGGAAUAGGUAUUCCAAGGAACUUGGUAAGGGUCGCAGCUCAAUGAAUCCAGUUCCUGAUGGUUUUGUUGUUGUUACCUGCAACCGCACAUCAACUCAUGAAGUAGAAUUCUACAAACACAACAAAAAAAAAAUCGAGCGCAUUUAUACUUUUAAAAUCAACCUAUGGGAAGAAUCGCUGACCACAGUUACCAAUAAGUACCAGCUGGUCGCGGUGGAGGAGUCUGGUUUACGAGAAAGACGGGCAGUUAAUACGCGAAUUUGA